UGUCAAGUCUUGUAAUCCACCUCUGAUUGACGUCACUUAUUAUGUCACAAUUCUAUCCGUAGUCUGAUCAUUAUCAUUCAAUUACUUUUAAUAUCUUUCUCUUUAUUUUAUAAUUUCAUGCUCGAAUCUUUUUUUUUCCCGCUUGCCAUUUCCACCUCCCCUCCCCCUCCUUUCACCUAUUCGCACCCCCUUGCUGGUCUGCGAAUACGCUAUUGAUUAUUCGCACUCGAACCACUCCUCCCAGUCCAACACUCAACCUCAACCACGCGUGUGAUCGUGAGGUUAGAAAGAAGACUUUCCGACGACAACUACAGAAAUCUGUAAGCAAUGCCGUCCCUUCAAAGAAUAAAGAAACCUACCACUCAUAGGGGGAAACGAGCUUUACUAAGGAAAGAACCACAAAUCAUUGAAGACACAAAGAAAGCCUUUUUUGUGAAGGGGAAAAAGACUGGCCCGCUUCUUGCAGAUUUUCUGAAGGAUUUAUAUGCGUUGAAAAGGCCAGACGCUGCUAUGCUGUCACGCAAAAACGAUGUACUUCCCUUUGAGGAUACAUCUUUCCUUGAACAUCAUGGCAGGAAAAGAGAAGCCAACCUGUUUGCAUUUGCCUCUCACACUAAGAAGCGGCCAAACAAUUUGAUACUUGGUAGACUCCAUGAUUAUCAACUUUUAGACAUGGUAGAAUUAGGAGUAGAAAAAUACACUGCCAUGAAAGAAUUUGUGAUUGAAAAAAUUGGUGUUGGGAUCAAACCAUGCCUGGUUUUCAAUGGGGAUGUGUGGUCUCAAAUGCACGAAUAUCAACGGGUCAGAAACUUGCUGGUAGACUUUUUCCACCGGGAAUAUCUGGAAACAGUGGCUCUCCAAGGUUUAGAGCAUGUAAUUUCAUUCACAGCUGCAGAUGGCAUGAUUUACAUGAGAAGCUACAAGAUAUUUUUGAAGAAGUCUGGUCAGAAGACUCCUCGCAUUGAAAUUGAAGAAAUUGGUCCAUCAGCUGAUAUGAAGCUGAGAAGAACAAAGCUAGGAUCUGAUGACCUCUUCAAAACAGCUUGCAAACAACCCAAGAUGCUCCAGAUUAAGAAAAAGAAGAACGUUACCACAGAUGGGUUGGGUACCAAACAUGGUCGCAUUCAUAUUCAGAGACAGGAGAUUGAUAAAAUACAGACGAGGAAGAUGAAGGGUCUGAAGAAGACUGCAGCUGAACGUAAAGAAGAAAGGACCGUGUUGAAGAAGCGAAGAGCUGACCUUGCUGCUAGCGGGAUUACAAGCAAGAGGUUGAGGACUGAGGCAUGAACUGUAGUGUAGGCUAUUAAUUAAAAUAAAACUUAAGGAAAACUAAA